CUCCUCUUCUUCCUCCUCCUCUUCGAAUUUCUCCACUGCCGAUCACUAGUCCGCGAUGAACUCGCCGCGAAGGGAUCACCGGUGGCAGCAGGAGGCGGCGAGGGGACGGCGGAACCAAACCGCGAAGAGCUGCUGCGGAGGCAGAGGAGUUAAAGCGGCGCCGGCGAGGGUGAGCAGGAGGGUGAAGGAGCUGCAGAGGCUGGUGCCGGGAGGCCGGGAUCUGACGGCGGCGCAGCUCCUCCUGCGCACGGCGGACUAUAUCCGGCGGCUGAGGCUGCAAGUGCAAGUCUUGAGGAUUCUUUCCGACAACCUAGGCACUGCGCCGGCUGCUUAGUUAAUACAUAAUCAAUCAGCCCUUGAAUUAUUAACUACUGCUGCUUAACUACUGCUGCUUAAUUAAAAUAUAAGACCCCUUCCUGUAAUUUUUAAAAAUUGUAAGAAAUAUAUUAUUUUUCAGUUUAUUUACAUAUUAUUAUCAUAUAUUUGUAUUUUUGUGUGAUACUGCUAGUUUUAUAAUCUCUCAAUU